AUGCGAUUCUCGCAGCGUCAUUUGUGGACUAUCCAGGGCAAACUGCGGACCUGGGAGAUCCACAAAUUCUGCCGUGCCGAGGAGAUCAGUAAGGAGCUGCGACUCACAACUACUCGCCGGCCACCCUAUAUCGCUUCCUCUGAGCAGGUGAUUGUGCAAACCGAGGCCGCUUCAGUGAACCCCAUUGAUGCCCUCCAAAUGACAGGUUAUGGCUCCACCGUAUUCCAAUGGGCCCGUGCAUUCAAAAAUGGCUUCUCUCCCCGCACGCUUAGUCAAUCCCAGUUUCCACUCAUACCUGGUCGUGAUUUCUCUGGGUGCAUCUCCGUGGCUGGCCCAGAUGCAGGGAACGCAGGCUUCACGGAGGGUAAAUCCGUUCUGGGUGCUGUUUGG